AUGGCCAAGAAACAACAAUUUUCGUUCAUAGACGCAAGCCGAUUCAGUAAAUGGUCUAAACUAAUAAAAAGUAACCAUUUUUACGCUCAGAUUUAUCAAACGCAUAUAACAAGGAAAAAAUUCGAAUGGUUAAACCCGAUCUCGGAAGGCUUAUCACACUCAACAGUGAAGGAAGUUGUCAUAGUUCGACGAAUGCUAAUCAGACAAGCAACGACGGUGAAAUAG